AUGAAAGCCUCUCAUACGCGUCUCACGGCAUCUCGCAUAGAGUGGCCGGUGCUGCAGCGGAGCGGUGUCUUGGGUGGUCUGGAGCUUUCAAGGUCACCCCAUACCCAUGCGGGCAGACUGACCACAAGGUCCAUACUUCUAAGCAGCGUGGCGAGCAUCGUUUGUGGUGCUGGAGCUGGGCAUCGCCUCAACCAGCACAGCAUCCGACGAAUGAGAGCUGUAUCGCGACGCUCCGUACGAGUGCCAGAAGCUAUUCGCUUGGUCGCUGUGAAAGAUGGACAGCUUGCAAUUGAUGAGCUGGGUCUCUCUAUGCUUGCAAAGUCGUUGAGCGCCUCAUCCUGUGAACACAUUGCGGUGGUCUCGAUAGCAGGUGCUUUGAGACAGGGCAAAUCCUUCUUCCUCGACCUCUUUGCAAGAUAUUUAGAGUCGAAAUCGUCCGAGGGCUGGCUGGCAGAGUCUCUGCAAGAUCAUCAGCGAUUUCAUUGGAGGUCGGGCAUGGAGCGCAUCACCGAAGGGAUUUGGGUGUGCCCCCACGUUUUCAAGGGACCGAGUUCGGCAAAGACGCGGGUUGGCCUUCUGCUCCUGGACACACAGGGCACCUACGAGCCCGGCGCUGCCCGUUGGCAGAAUAACUCUCUGCUGGGUCUGGCUGGACUUCUGUCCGCCACGCUCCUCUUCAACGUGUCCAAGCAGCUGCAACAGGACACUAUCGAAGAUCUGCAGGUGGCGAUGGAACUGUUGCACAUGAGCUGUCGCCACCAUGGAAGGCCGCGACCUCCUUCAGACUCCAAGAAUCUGACUUUUUUGGUGCGAGAUUGGGCUCAUGAGGAGCCUCUUCCUAACGAUGCGAGUACAGAGCCCGGGCUGCUGAUGCCGAUGAAUGCCCAGGAACACCAAAUCCUGACAACCUUCGUCCAUUCGACCACAGCGGGUCAGGGCUUGGGUCAGUUCUUCGAGUCGCUGGAGUGCCGCACGCUGCCGCACCCAGGCCACAUCGACUCGCCUUCCUGGGGAGGCAUGAGCUCAGAAAUCUCUUUGGGAUUCAUUGGCAAAUGCCAAAGGCUCUUUGACGCCCUUUCCACGGCAGCAAGUGCUCAAGUCGGGGCCGCUAUUGCGGUCCAGGAUUUUCAGCAAACAUUGCGGGACUCCGUAGCUGUCUUGAAUUCCUCUCAGGAGCUACCAGAAAGUGACAAGAGUUACAGCGUGGCGUUGUCAGAUCUGAGUAUGUUAACUGCAGUGGAGCGGGCACGGUCUUGCUAUCGAGCCAGCAUGUAUCGGUCGGGAGCCUUGAUGAAAGGGAAGGCAAGACUUCCAGAGAUCUUGCUCGGGGAUGUGGCCGCUACGCGAGCGCUGGUGGCAGAGGAGCUUGCUGGAGCCCACCGUGAGGCUGUGAUGGCAGCCACCGCCGAGCUCCAGAAAAUGGCGCUCUUCUCCGAAGAGGAUGCAGUGGCUCAAAGCGUGAGCGAGCUUGAGGAGGAGCUGGAGCGGGAGUUAGUCCGCGUGCAGGAAGAAAAUGAGCAGUGGAACCAGAAGCGCCUGAACGGUCUGGCCGACAUGACGCUGGCGGCAGUUGCGGUAACAGGCCUGGUGCCUCCCGCCGGGCCAGCCAUUGCUGCUGCCAUGGUGCCUGCAUAUUUGCAGCUUGGCAAGAUCAGACAACUCCAUCUUGGCCCAGCGGUGCACCAGAAGGCUCGCUGCUACCAAUAG